AUGGCCGACCGGAUCAACCCACUGAAGAGAAGCUUCGGCGACAUGAUCACUCCAACUCCAAACCCCCACGUAGGUUCCGCGCCGGACGUUCCAAAUACCUCAGCCGGCGAAAACCCGGCCAGCCAACUGCCGGUUCGAUUCCUUACACCCAGAAGUUACCAAUUCGAUGUUUAUGAGGUGGCUAAGCGGCGGAACACAAUAGCUGUGCUGGAUACGGGUGCGGGGAAGACUAUGAUAGCAGUGAUGUUAAUAAGGCACAUUGGUCAGUCUAUCAAGUCCUCUGGCCACAGGAAAUUGAUUGUGUUUCUGGCACCUACAGUCCACCUUGCAAACCAGCAAUGUGAGGUGAUCAAAGAUCAGACCGGCUUUGAAGUGGAAGUUUACUAUGGCGCCAAGGGGGUGGAUGAGUGGAACUUAACUCAGUGGCAGAAGGAAAUUGAUGAACGUGAUGUAUUGGUGAUGACACCACAAAUCCUCUUGGAUGCAUUAAGAAAGGCAUUCUUGAAUAUGGAACUGAUAGCCUUAAUGAUAAUCGAUGAAUGUCAUCGUGCUACAGGAAAUCAUCCAUAUUCAAAGAUAAUGAAGGAGUUCUACAUGAACAGCAAUGCUAAGCCAAAGGUGUUUGGUAUGACAGCCUCACCUGUUGCAAAAAAGGGUGUGUCUUCUCCGCUUGAUUGUGAAGAUCAGAUGUCAGAACUUGAGAGAAUAUUGGAUUCUCAGAUCUACAGUAUAAAAAAUAGAGCAGAAAUGGAAGAUUAUGUCCCCUCUGCAAAGGAAACCUGUAAAUUCUACGAUAAACCUAGGUUUAAUGCUUCGGAUCUUAAAGCUAGGAUUGGAGCAUCUUGGUCUAAGUUUGAUACUGCCAUCAUGGAUUUGCAAGGGUCAUUAGAUACUGGUUACAAAGAUAUGGAGGAUAGGGCCAAGGAACUGAGAAAGCGAUUGUCUAGUGACCAUUCAAAGAUUGUGAGCUGCCUUGUCGAUCUUGGCCUUAAAUGUGCUUAUGAGGCUGUCGAAGUUUGUCUCCAGAAAUCUCCUAAGUCCUACGAGGAAUGUGAAAUGUAUAGAGAAAUUUCUCUGCAGCGCAAAUACUUCCUUGAGGAAGUGGCAUCCAUGAUAAGAAACUCUUUGCCACUGGGUGAUGAUUAUGUGUUGGAUCCUGCGCUUGACUAUUUGAAGGCAGUGGAUUCAGGUUACAUGUCUCCAAAACUAUAUGAACUUCUUCAACUUUUCCUAUCUUUUGGGAAAGCUAAAGAGGUAUUGUGCCUCAUUUUUGUUGAGAGAAUAAUAACAGCUAAAGUAAUUCAGAGAUUUGUGAAGAAAAUAUCAGUUUUGGAGCACUUUGCAGUUUCUUAUCUAACUGGAACCAACACAUCUGUUGAUGCGCUGGCGCCUAAACUGCAGAGAGAAGUCUUAGAAUCAUUUCGCUCGGGCAAGGUCAAUCUAUUAUUUGCCACUGAUGUGGUGGAGGAGGGGAUUCAUGUGCCAAACUGCUCCUGUGUCAUACGGUUUGACCUUCCUAAGACGGUCCGCAGUUAUGUUCAAUCUCGGGGAAGAGCUCGUCAACGUAAUUCCGUGUUUGUCACUAUGCUUGAGAGGGGAAAUGAGAAACAGAGGGAUCAACUAUUUGAUGUCAUCAGAAGUGACUGGUCCAUGAGAGAUACUGCCAGUAACAGAGACCCUGAAAUGUGGACUCCAAAAGCUUGUCUUCUGGACGAAUUAGAGAUUUAUAUUGUUGAUAGAACUGGGGCAUCAGUUACGGCUGACUCAAGUAUUAGCCUCUUGUAUAAGUACUGUGAAAAGCUUCCUGGUGAUAGGUACUACACGCCAAGGCCAGCUUUUGAAUUUAAGCUUCUUGAUAAAGCUUACCAGUGUAACAUAAAGUUACCUCCUAGUGCCAUUUUCCAUACCCUAGCUGGUCCUGUAUGUAGGAAUCAACAAUUAGCAAAGCAGCUCGCUUGCUUGGAAGCUUGCAAGAAGCUGCAUCAGAUGGGUGCUUUAGACGAGCAUCUUCAACCAGUGUCUGAUGAGCCUUCAGGAAAAGAUCUCAUGUUGAAAAGCAAAGAAGCAUCUGCAGGCGCAGGGACUACGAAGAGGAAGGAGUUGCACGGGUCGGUUCGCAUCCGUGCAUUAUCAGGCAGUUGGGGAGACAAACUUGAUGGAGUUACGUUCCAUGCCUACAAGUUUGACUUCUCCUGUAAUGUUCCAAGCCACAUUUAUUCCAGUUUUGUUCUUCUGAUUGAAGCAAAGCUUCAUGAGGAUGUAGGAAACAUUGAGCUCGAGCUUUAUUUAGUUGGAAAGAAGGUUAAUGCUUCUAUUUCUUCAUGCGGGGAGCUGCAUUUGGACAGUGAACAGGUGAUAAACGCCAAGUGUUUUCAAGAACUUUUUUUCAAUGGUUUGUUUGGAAGGUUGUUCACUGGAUCCAAGGCUGCACGGAAGUUUUUACUUUCAGAAGACACAACACUUUGGAAUCAGUCAUAUAUGUAUCUCCUUCUGCCGCUUGAAACCUCGUGUACCUCAAGUGCAGACUCUUGGUCGAUAAAUUGGACAGGGAUAUGCGAUUCCGCUUCUGCUGUUGCAUUUAUGAAGAACAUCUCUGUGUUUGCUUGCGAGGGUGAUAGAAUAGACCAAUCAGCUCAUACAUCUGGGUCAUCUGUUCAAGAACCCAAUGACUCCCUUAUGAUUAAUUUUGCUAAUGGUUCAGCCAAUAUCAAUGAUGUGAAUGAAAUGGUUGUAUUAGCAAUUCAUACAGGGAGAAUAUAUUCAAUUGUUGAAGCCGUUAGUGACAUGUCUGGAGAGAGUCCUUUUGAUGGAAAUUCUGAUGAUGCUCCAGCAAAGUACUCUACAUUUGCUGAAUACUACACUAAGAAAUAUGGGAUCGUGCUCAAGCAUCCGAGACAGCCUAUGUUGCGUUUAAAGCAAAAUCACAAUCCACAUAACCUUCUUGUGGACUUCAAUGAUGAAGGUGCAAAGAAACGCAGCAGCAUUGUGGGCAAACAGCGCCAGUAUGCUCAUCUGCCUCCUGAGGUUCUAAUCAGGAUUAAUAUUCCGGUCUCUGUUUUAAAAGCAAUGUACUUGCUUCCAUCUAUCAUGCACCGUCUUGAGUCACUGAUGUUAGCAAGUCAACUUAGACAAGACAUUGGUUGCUCUGUGGCGAACUUUCACAUCUCCAGCUCUCUGAUUCUAGAAGCAAUAUCAACAAGAAGAUGUUGUGAGAAUUUCUCUUUAGAGCGAUUGGAGUUGCUAGGAGAUUCUGUUUUGAAGUAUACCGUGGGCUGUCACUUCUUUUUAAAACACCCUGGUCGACAUGAAGGUCAAUUAUCUUCUCUUCGCUCUUAUGAGGUCUGCAAUUCAACACUACGGAAACAUGGAACCGAUUGCAGAAUACAGGAAUAUAUACGAGAUGGUCCUUUUGACCCGCGUCGUUGGGUUGCUCCAGGACAAAAAUCCAUACGCCCAGUACCUUGCAAUUGUGGCAUUAAUACUUUAGAAGUGCCACUGGAUGAUUCCAAAUUUCAGACUGUGGAUCCUAACAUCAAAGUCGGAAUCACUUGUGACAUGGGUCAUAGAUGGAUGGGCUCCAAAACUGUCUCCGACAGUGUUGAAGCUCUUAUAGGUGCUUACUAUGUGGCUGGUGGACUGGUGGCUGCACUUCAUGUGAUGAAUUGGAUUGGUAUUGAAGUGGAACUUGAUCCUUCAUGUGUUUCUCAAGCCAUUGCCAGUGCCUCUUUGAGGACUUAUAUUCCAAAUGAUGAUGAGGUUGAAAGCCUUGAAUCAAAGUUGGGUUAUGCAUUCACCGAGAAGUUUAUGUUACUGGAAGCAAUCACACAUCCAUCUAUGCAAGAGCAGGGAGUGAACUAUUGCUAUCAGAGACUUGAAUAUCUGGGUGACUCAGUUUUGGAUUUGCUGAUCACAAGGCAUCUUUAUGAAAACCACAAAAACCUUGAUCCUGGCGAGUUGACGGACCUACGUUCAGCUUCUGUCAACAAUGAGAGUUUUGCUCAAGCUUGUGUGAAACAUAACCUCCAUAUCCAUCUUCGUCACUGUUCCACAUUACUCCUAAGUCAAAUAACUGAAUACCUCAAGUCUUCUAAUGGAUCAAUAGAAGCACCAAGUUUAACUGCUAGCACAAAGGGUCCCAAGGCUCUUGGAGACCUAGUGGAGAGUAUUGCUGGGGCAGUUUUGGUCGAUACUGGGCUCAAUUAUGAGGAGGUUUGGAGAAUAUUUGAGCCUCUGCUAUCUCCAAUUGUAACUCCUGAAAAACUUGAGCUGGCUCCAUAUCGCGAGUUGAUAGAAUUCUGUGGCUCUCUGGGAUAUUUUACAAAGGAGGAAUGUGUGAGUAAAGGGGAAAUGGUGCAUGCUACACUUACCUUGCAGCUGGAUGAUGUCCUCUUGGUUGGGGAAGGGUUUGAUCAGAAGAAAAAGCAUGCCAAAGGGAAAGCAGCUUCCCACUUGUUAAAACAGCUUGAGAAAAGAGGGUACUCCAGGAGCGGUGCGAAGAAAAGGAAGCAUGGGACUGACUGUGUUUCUGCAUCCCCUCCCGAGAGCUUGGAGAAGGGAGAUGUCAACGUGACAACCAAGGUGAAAAUACAGAAGACUGAGGAAAAUGAUAUGCUUGCACUGCCAGAUAGAGCUCCUUCCAUUUUGAGCAGUAGUACAAGGGAAACCCCAGUUAUCGAAUCAAUAAACAUGAAGAAAGGAGGACCUCGGAUCACUCUGUUUGAGCUGUGCAAGAAAGUCCAGUGGCCAAUGCCUACGUUCGAAACUAGCGAACAUAAGUCCAGAUCACCCAUGGAAGUCGAUGAUAUUGGUGGUAAAAGAACAGCUUUCAACACUUUUACAACUAAAAUCAAGUUGAAUAUACCUUGGUUCGGUAUCAUUGAGUGCGACGGGGAAGCCAGAGCUGAUAAAAAGAGUGCUUAUGACUCGGCAGCUCUGGCCAUGCUCAAUGUGCUUCAAGCGAAGAGUCAAUUGAUCAUCACUAACAAAUAA